AUGCCUCUUAUCAGUGCAAAGCCACAUGUACUGAAUCCAAUCUGGAGGAAAAAGAAAGUUCGUGACUCAGAACAACCCGAAGAACCUGAGUCUAAGCCGGAAUUUAUUGUUCCAGAAACACAAGAAAUUUGUACAUCUGCUGAAGAAUUACAACGAAAAAGUACAAUUUAUAAUGAAAGUAUAUGGACAUGUCGUGUUACUGGAAAGUCAAAUCUAACUUACCGUGAAGCACUGAAAACUGAGGCAACCGCGAUUAAGACGUUAAAAAAAUGCUUCCCGAAAUUUUUCGAGAAAACUAUUCUAGAGCGUAUUCAUUUGAGUACUUUACCUCUAGAAUCUCUGGUGCACAGUUGCUGGACUGCGAUACAUGAACAGUUUCAUAUCGCUGAACCUGUAAAACUUAAAGUUGACUCAGCUUCCAGUAUACCCAUACGUGGAAUCAUCGAUGAUAUAAUUAAGUCUCAACCUGUACCACCACCUGUUCCAGAUAAUACUUCACCAAAUAACAGUGAUAAAGAAAAUGUUACAAGAAAGAAUUCACCCGUCAAAAAAGAUUAUGCAUACAGUAUUAAAGUUCUUGCAGACAUCCCAGUUGUCGUACAUGAUAUUCCAGCUUGUUCAAUAGAUCGUGUCAGUCGCGCACCCACCAAAGAACACAUUCGGAUGUUUAUUCGCAGCCAUGCUAUGCGUUACGGUCCAAAUUUUACGGGUCCAUGGAUUGUAAACGAAGAGCUUCUACGACGUCAUAAGAUACCCUUGAAAAGCCCUGGAUGUCAAGUUGAUAAAGUUAAGUUGAAACAAAUGUCAAAAACCCUUGAGGAGGAGCAUUUCAUUCGCAUUAUGAAUUUACGACGUCAAGCCAAUGGAGAGGGUACAUCUGAGGAUGUCUCCACUAGCACACCACUUAAUUUCAAACGUAUCAAACGCUUUUCUGUACUUCGUGAUGACAGCACCAGUAGACAAAAGGAGGAGAAUGAAGACGACCUACCAUUAGCACAGUUAAAAGAUCGCAGUCAAAAUAAACAAUCAUCAGAUGAUGGGAGUAAAAAGAAAAUGAAACAGGCCACUUUGUUUCAAUUUGGUAAAAAAGCUUCUAAGGAUGAAGCUACAGACUCAUCAACUGUCAAUCGUCCUAAAAAGAGUGUAUUACCUCGAGUUGCUCAACAUCUUAUAAAAAUGUUUGAAGAAAAUAAAGAUAAUCCGGCGAUUGAAAAUCAAAUAAAAGUUUGUGCAAAAUUCAUCACUGAUGUUGAUCUGCUGAAGUUGCCAGUUGAAUUACGUGAUCCUGUUCGAGAAAAGAAAGAGGAGUUCGCAUUCAGAAAAAAAUUAAUGGCUAUGACACCAGCUCAGCGGAAGGAAGCACUUCAAGAAAUGAAAGAAAAACGGAAAAUGGAGCGUAUUCAUGCCAACAAGUUAAUUGAUGAUUUACAACUUACAAAAUCUCUACCUCACUGUCCCUGUUUACCUGAACCUUCUAAGCUUGAAUUCCCUACUGGUUUUACAGAAUCCCUUUUUGGACGUUUACUAGGAUUAACAGAAUUUUUCCAUAUAUUCCAUAACCUGCUUGUUGAAGGAUCUAUGGAUGAUGCUGAUGCAGAUAAUGCAGCUGACAAUACUACCGUGUCUAGUUUCAUUCGCUCUCCGGUUGACUCCCUGGUACCUGGUUAUGGCGAACCUGGUUAUUCUGAUGACGAUGAUGAAGGCAAUACUGAUGAAGAGGAAGAGGAAGCAGAGCUAAUUGAGUCAACUGCUCCACUUCCUAAAAUAUGCAUCAAGGCCUUACGUCGUCUUGGAUUGAAACGUCUUCUUAAUGCUAUUACAACCAAUAGACCAACAGUUGGUGCAUAUCGAUCAUUAGCUCGUCCACUGAGUGUUCUGUUACGCUUAGUUUUGAAAGAUGAACAGUUAAGCAAAAAACGUGAAUUGGGUAUAAAACUUGCCAAAUUCCCGGUUACACCAUAUACAGCACCCGAACUGCUCAGAUUGACACUUCUGCAUGAGGUUCCAUUGAAUCAUUCUUCUAUGGUUAAAUCAGAGGAAUUCUUAAAACACGAUAAUUCAGUUACAGAGCUUAAGCAAUUUGAACGGAGUACUGUGAUACAACUCGUUCAUCACCUAUCAAACUCUGAUCUGCACGAACUAUUUCCGGAAGCCCGUGUAUUAGCUUUAGAAUCAGCUGUUGAAAAGAUUUUCGACCUUGAUCUUAUUGAUGAUCAUAUUAUGGCAUGUCAGCGUCGAGCAACUGAAGCAUAUCUAAAGAAGAUUCAGGUGUUACGUGGUAAGAAUAUACGAAAGAAGGACAAGAAAGAUAAUGCAGUCGAAACUGGCAAAGUCAACGGUACAUCAUCUACGAAUCAAAAUGACGAGUCUCUAUCAAAGGUGGAGACUUCUGCUACAACCGAGCAAAAGGACAAUUCUGAAUUCGAUAAUGAUUUGGCAUCCAUUGUAAAACGCCGACGGAUAAUGGCUGCACGAGCAGCUAUAGAAAGAGAAGAAAAAGAAAAUCUCGAACGUCAGCGACGUUUAGAGUUGGCUCAGGAACAGGCCGAGGAACGUGCGAUCAACGCAGUCACUCGACUUUAUGACACCCGUUCUGCAGAGGCUAAAUGCGUUUUUCGUGUCAAUCCUAUUGGUUAUGAUCGAUAUUAUCGUCGUAUCUGGUACUUCCAUUGCUCUCCUGAUCGUUUAUUCUUGGAAGCGAAUUGGGCCUGCUCUGAUAUCAUGUAUUCAACUAACCCAUUGAAAGCUGAUCAAGAUGAUGAAGCAAUUCCUGAACCAGCUCAUUUAUGUGUACAUAAUGACCAGUUGAAGAAUGAGACACUAUUAUGCAGCUCUUGGAGCAGUUGGUAUUUUUAUGAUCGUCCAGAACAAUUGGAUGCAUUAUCAAACUCUUUAUUGUCAAAUGGUGUUCGGGAAUGUCAGUUAAAGAACAAACUGCUAACAGAUGGAUUUUUAGAAUCACUUAAACAAAGGUGGAAAAGUGCCCCUAGUAGUAGUAGUAGUACUGGUACAAAUCCUGUCAAAUCAGAAGAUAUGACCACAAAUGCGACUUCAGUAGAUCCAGUGAAAAGUAGUGUUGCUCAGAAGCGUAAUCUUAAUGCUGGAGCUGCUUUGGCGGGGGCACUAUUGAAGAACAUUCUUGAUACUGAAGUCCGUUUAAGAUCUGGUGGUCUGGGUGGUGUCCCUGAUUUCACAGAGUGGCAAGAACGCUUGGCACAAGUGCAGACUUCAUAUGGAUUACCACAUGAUUAUUUAAGUGGACAUCUAACAUCGAAAUCCACUUCAUCAUCUACAUGCAGUCAUCAAUCUAUUGUAUCUCCUAACAGAGAAGGACUUGUCAAUGCACUAAUCGAUGUUGCUGAACAUAUAAUUCCACGAUUUUUAAAUGUACCUGAUUUAACCAGUAAAUCAUCACAACUGAAUAAUGCUAUGCAAAAUCCCUCAGAUCAUCCUAGUACAGAUGUCAAGAAUCCAGUGGCUGAUCAUAUAUUAUCACGUGUCACCAAAUAUUCAUCUGACGAAGAAUCUGACUCUUCUGAUAGUAAUGAUCAGGAAUUAGAAAAGGCUAUUCUAGAUCCUGAAGCUCAUGAACAACGAACGCGUACUUGGUUAACAGUAUGGCGUAAUGAAGUUCAAAGUGCUCGUACACUGGCUCGUUUAAAUCUCUUACAUGCAUGUCUGGAUGCAUGUGUUCGUUGGGAGAAAUCAGUUGAAGAUGCUCGUUGUCGCGUCUGUCGUCGUAAAACUGAUGAUGACAAUCUACUGUUAUGCGAUGGCUGCAAUCUCGCUUUCCAUCUUUACUGUCUACGUCCACCACUGAAACGUGUACCAGCAGGUGACUGGUUCUGCCCAACCUGCCGACCAGCCUCACGUGCUCUCGAGAAGCGUAAACGUGAAGAACGCCUGGCAAGAUCUGCGAGACGUCGGAAACGCGCUGGGUCUUCUGAUGAUGAUGACGGGGAAAACGAAUCCGACGACGAUCGGGAUAGUAGCGCUGAAAGCGAGGACGUCCGGACGACUAGACGUCGAAAUCCUCGCCGAGCUAAAUCUCGGAAUGACUCGCAUUUAAAACGCUCAGUUAGUCCAUCGAGUCGCCAUCCAGUUUCCUCAAAAAGUAUCAAACAUGACACAUCUUGUCUUGUCUGUUCAGACACAAUCGGUGAUCUAGUAUCGUGUUCCGGUUGUCCAAAUAUAUUUCAUUUGGACUGUCAUGAACCUCCUCUACAUCAUAUCCCGCGUGGAGAUGCUUGGCAGUGUUCAAGUUGUCGGCUAAACAAAAAGCGUUCUGUUAUAACGUCUUAUUUUCAAAGCAGAGAUUACCGCCAGAAAGUCUAUCAAAGCAACUUUAAAAAGCGAACUGUCAGUCCCGAGGAACACAGUGAUGAUGAUGAAUUUGUAAAUAAUAAUUCGCAUUCUACCCGUUCAAUGCGUACUAGAAAUAGAUCCCAAAGAAGUGUUGCAAAUUCUGAUACAGAUGACCAACAACGAUCAAGUUUAGCCUCAUCGGAUGUGGAGAGUCGUUCCAAUAGUCAGCAGCCAACUUCGCGUCGUCGUCGUCGUCGAAGUGUUUCUCGGUCUGCAUCUGCACUUAGUUCACAAUUGAAAAACCGCGCAAAACGCCGACGACAUAAUUCUUCUGAUCUAGAAGAUGAUAGUACUACGGAAACAGAACAAAUGGAUGAACAGUCAUCUCAGGCAUUGUGUUCUCAAAUUCUUGAUGCUGUAUUUAAGCAUAAACAAUCAUGGCCAUUCAGAAAACCUGUAGAUAGAAGUCAGGUGCCAGACUAUUAUGAGAUAAUUACUGAUCCCGUCGACUUGUCUAUGAUGCGUGAAUGGCUAUCAGAAGGACGGUAUACUACAGAGAAUGUAUCUGAAGGAUUAGAAAAAUUGGCCGGAGAUUUCGGUACUUUGUUUUAUAAUGCUGAAUUGUAUAAUGCUGCUGACUCGGAUAUUUGGCUAGCUGGAGAGCAAUUGGAGAAUUUCGUAAAAAAUCAAUUUGCUCAAAUGACCAAUGAUGUUGUAUACUCUAGACCGGCGCUCGGUGAUAUGUAAUACCAAUCUUCCUUUCGGAGGGGGAGGAGAUCGAUUGGUUUCAUCUUUAUUAUUCUGCAUAGAUCUAAGUCAUCGUGUUCUUUGUUCAGAUAACAAAAGGCAUACUACUUGAUGAGAGUGUAAUCAUAAAUAGCAAUAGUCUGUUGAUUAAUCAAUCAUAAAAAAAAGAAAGAACUCUUUGACGUCGUUGUCGUUGUCGUCAACAGCGUUUAUUCCUUCUGUUCCAUGUACACCCUCCUUCCUUGCGUGUGUUUUUGUAAUCUGUGAAAGAAAUCCUAGUGUUGUAUGCAUUUAAAUUUUUUUAAAACCACAGAAAUACCUACUCCCUUUUUUAUGUCUGAUUUCACUGUCUUUAGUGUGUAUGUUGAAUGUGUGUAGACUAUUUUUUUAAAUUGUUUUCACACAACUUGACUAUUCGAAGCAGUUUAUUACCACUAUUUAUUAUAAUGAUCUAUUAUGACAAAGACAAGUGCAGUGCAGUACAGUACAGUAUAGUACUUUAAUUAAAGUAAAGCGUGUGUGCUUGUUCUCUCUCUCUUUCUCUUUAUCUAUUUACACGCACACAAACAAACACAAGUGACUGACUAGCUUGUUGCUGGCUCUCCUUCUUUUGCCUUUUCUUUUUCUGCAUGUCUUGUCAAACUAUCACAAUGAGAGAAUUCAUCUUAUGGCGGGGGGGAGUAUUCAUUCUUAUUUCUAUCUGUUUGUAUAAUGUAUUGAGGACAGAAUUCGGCGUUGGACGGUGCAUAGAUUUGUGGCCACAUAUACAUACAUAUAUUAAUUAAUAUGUUACAAGACGGACUUCUUCAUUGUGUCUUCUGCGUUAUCCUACUACCUUAUAUGCGUGCGUGCGUGCGUACACACCUAUCACAUCUUAUCUCUGUCAACAUUUAUUAUUUUAUUACUGUAUUGUGCUAGUAUAUGUACAGUCUGUUGAAUUGUGCACACUGUGUGUGUAUGCGCAUAUAUAUGCAGACACACCUAUGGAAGAGAGAGAUGCACUUGUGUAGUAGUGGUGUGGUGUGGUGUAUUAUCCUUUUCUUGUAUCUGUGUUUGUGUGUGUUUGAAUGCGUGUCUGUAUGAGAGGUGGUUACAGAGUAAGUAAUUUGUUUGACUGUGAAUAAAAGCUAUAAACAGUAAAAAUAUUUUUGUUGUUCAUAUAUCUGGAGGAUAUCCACAACAUCGUAGGUAAUAAUUAUGUGUAAACAAUAAACAAUGGUUUGUUUUUC